AUGAAGCAGGCAUUCGUUGAUAAAAACCUCAAAGUCGAGAUUCGGAACACCGAUAUCCCCGCUCCCAGUACUAGUCAGAUCCUUAUUCGGGUCGUGGUCUCCGGAACUAAUCCCAAGGACUGGAGACUUGCUACUGACCUACCGAACAACCCGCCAUUGAACCAGGGUGAUGAUAUUGCCGGUUAUGUUGAGGCUGUUGGUGCCGGAGUAAUUGGUUUCCACAUCGGUGAUCGCGUUGCUGCGUUCCAUGAGAUGUUGGCGCUGAAUGGAAGUUAUGGCGAGUAUGCUAUUGCUUGGGAGUAUACUACUUUCCAUAUUCCGGAGAAGACUAGCUUUGAAGAGGCUGCUACUAUUCCUCUCGCUGCUAUGACAGCUGCGCUGGGUGUUUACCAGAUUCUGAACUUGCCGCUGCCUUGGCGCCCGACCCAGGAGCCCACUCCCCUGGUCGUGUAUGGCGGGGCCUCAGCCGUUGGCGCCUUUGCAAUUAAGCUUGCCCAGCUCUCCAACAUCCAUCCCCUCAUCGUGGUAGCAGGCAAGGGCGCCACGUUCAUUGAGGGCCUGAUUGACCGUAAGAAGGGUGACACGAUCAUCGACUACCGCGAAGGCGAUGAAGCCGUGCGGAAGGCAAUCAAGGCAGCAUCCGAUAAACCAAUCUAUCAUGCUUUCGACGCCGUCGCCGAGAAAGGAAGCUACCACAAUAUUGCCGUGGUACUGACGGUGCCCGCCAAGAUCGCCUCUGCUCUACCUAUUAAAGAGAAGCUUCCCGAGGGCAUUUCUCAUAAACCAACCAUGGUUAACAGAGUUCACAUGCCACCUGCGGAGGGGACUGCGAUUGGCAACCGUGAGUUUGCCAUGGCUUUUUAUCGGUUCUUUGGUCGUGGUCUGGACCAGGGGUGGUUCACGGGGCACCCGUUCGAGGUCCGUCCGGGUGGCUUGCAAGGUCUCCAGGGGGCAUUGCUUGAUCUGAAAUCCGGCAAAGCUUCGGCAGUGAAGUAUGUGGUUCGUAUUAGUGAGACUGACUAA